ACUUUACAAUUACAUGAAUUCAAAACAAAAUUCUUAAUUCUUUUAGACUUAGGAAAACCACGGAAGGUAAUAAUCUAAGUCUUUUCAAAGCCUUUGACCCUUUUGUAUUGAUCUCAUAAAAUUUUGAAUUGGUUUCGAUUUUGUUAAAUUGUGUCGGGAGAAUGUUUAAUAACAAGUGGUAGUUUGAAGAGAGGAUCCAAACACCUGUGUACGUGUGGAGUUUCACAGUCUCGUCUUCCAACAAAGUUCGUCGUAAGACACCGUAUAAACUGCAGAUGGCGACAGAUAUCGUGUACCCUACGGGCAACUGGGUGGCGGGGUCACUGAAGAAAUGGCACGACUUUAGCUCGUCUGUGCUACCCGCUUCAGAUGUGCAGGCCUGCAUGGAAAAUGAGAAGGACAAAGCUGAAAAAUACCACAGUAUAUAUGAGGCAACAUAUGGUCCUAAGGUGAUGAUGAUAACUAAGGAUCGCCCAGAGCUACUGGGUGCUAACAUAAAGACGAAUUUCCAGGCCAGCUCCCUGGCUCCUCCAGCAUCGCGUCCAAAUCCUAACGUUACAAUCCACGGCGCUAACAAAAAGAUGUUUAUGAACUGGCGGGUACCCCAGAGACUUGUUGAGGAUGGCGUUGGGCCACAGUCUGUGCCUCAGAACAAUCCAACGAAACGUGCUUCUAGUCAGAUGUCAUGUUCUCAACCAGCGUCCAUAAGAAGAGAAAAGACUAUGUUUCCCGAGAUUCCUGUCACGCACAAUAUGCCAUCAACAGACUCCCCAAAAAGGUUCGACGCAGUUAUUGGUAACGGUCCACCAAAGAGAAACUUCAGCAAAGAAAGCAUCGGAAUGAACACCAUCAAUAAAGAGGUCUCUAGUCUACAUCUAAACGACCCAGAUAUCCCAAGGCCAGAAAAAUGGAUGAAAACGAGGAGGACUCCCGAGCCAGUCGAAAGACGGACUCGUGUUGCUAAGAUUGGGGUGACAUCUAUUAAACCAGAAACUAAGCUUGCAGUUGAUAAGUGGAUGGAAACAGCGACUGAAGAUGAGAAAGCUGAGGCAAUCAGGUUCCUUAGACAUACUGCUGCAGGCAAGAAACUCAUGGGCGCCGUAGGCGAGGAACAGAAGGAACGCCUGGGACAAGUCCUCCAUAGUCUCAAAUCUGGUACCAAAGGAGGUGAACACAUAUUCAAGUCACAGGUGAAACAAAAACCAGACGGCUACACAACCCUGAAUUACGUCAGGCUGUUGACUCCAGAGACUCGAUCCAACAAAUUCAUGAUGAAAUCCUGGCACCAUCUCCCGCAAUAUAAGGAGACAAACCCAGUAAUCAACAGAACAUCUAUGUAUACACAACCACAGGGAUAUAUCCCCAGACAUUAUGUCAUCCACCCUGAUUUGGGAUAGAUUAAUAAAACAGUGCAUUAUGAUUUUUGUAUAUAUCGUUAACUAGUUCAGUAUACAGUAUUAUACCAUAUCAUAAAAAAAGAUAUUUUAAAAUGUAUUUUUUAUACAAAUAUAGAGUGAUUUCGAUGUAUCAAUUUUUAUUGUAAAAAUGGCGGAAAUUUGGAAUAUUUAAAACGAUGGGCAAACAAUUUUUUUUCAAGAAAACAUUUUUAACAACAUUUCAAGUAAUUAAUUAAUUAGUGUAAAAAACAUUAGCAACAAACUACUCGAAUCUUUUUUGAUUUAAGUACCACUAAAAAGUUCUUACUUUAUAAAGUGUAUCAUAUGUUAUUACAUAUUUAUCAAUAUUCUGAUUUAAAUAAAUGUUUAAAAGUGUAAAUAUCUUAAAGGUGUGUUAAUGUCCUUAAAGUGUAUCUCAAAGAAG